AUGGUCGACCUUAAGCGAUUGAAUUGUUUUGUCCUUCUCGCAUCACUUCUCCCUCUCGCUAGCGCUCUAUCAAUCAACACAACUUCCCCAGCAGCAACCGUACUAAACGGUACUUACAUAGGCAAAACGGUCCAAGAAUGGCAACAAGACCAAUUCCUCGGAAUUCCCUACGCUCAACCACCAAUUGGCUCACUUCGUUUCGCGUGGCCUCGAUCGAUCAAUACUUCUUUCUCUGAGCCGCGAAAUGCAACUCAAUAUGGCUAUAGUUGUUACCAAUACGGGACCACUUUCUCACUUUCUGAAGAUUGUUUAACGCUUAAUGUGAUUCGGCCGGCUGGGACGAAGGAGAGUGAUCGAUUGCCCGUUCUGGUUUGGGUGUAUGGUGGUGGUUUGACGGGAGGUAGUACUGCUGAUCAGCAGUAUAAUGUGAGUGGGAUUGCCAAAGUUGGACAGGAUAUCGGAAAACCUGUAAUAGUUGUCUCAAUAAACUACCGUCUCGGCGUCUGGGGAUUCCUCCCAACACCCCAAGUUCUAGCCGAAGGCUCUUCCAACGCCGGAUUCCUCGACCAACGCCUUGCCUUCCGCUGGAUAAAAGAAAACAUCGCCUCCUUCGGCGGAAACCCCUCUCACAUCACCAUCUGGGGCGAAUCAGCCGGCGCUCAAUCCAUCGGACUUCACCUCCACUCCUACGCCGGCCGCAACGACAACCUCUUCCAUGCCGCCAUCCUCGAAUCCGGCGGUCCUGUUGGAGCCGCUCUUAACCCGCUCUCCUUUUACACCGCACCCGUUGAAAACCUAACACGCACCACAAACUGCUUCACCUCCACCGAUCAACUCUCCUGUCUCCGGUCUCUAUCCUCAGAAACCCUCUUCAAAGCCCAAGUAACCCAGAUCUGGAACCCCAUCGUCGACGGCGAUUUCCUCACAGACUACCCCAGCAAUCUCGCGGCUCAGGGGAAAUUCAUCAGAAUUCCACUCAUCAACGGCGCCAACACAGAUGAAGGAACCUCUUUCGGCGUCACGGGAAUGAAUACGGAGAAAGAUAUAUUCAACUCCCUCCUCACAUUCCGCAAAUCAGCAGCCUACGCCAUCGGUCCCGCGUCCGCGCGUAAACUCCUUGAACUCUAUCCUAAUGAGGGCCCGCAGCCGCCUUAUAACGUGCCCGAAACGACGGUGUUCCCGAAGAACGGGCUGCAAUGGCGCAGGGAUUGUGCGAUUGCGGGGGAUAUUGUGAUGAUUGCGCAGAGGAGGAAGAUGUGUGAGCAGUAUACUCAUGGGAGACAAAAGGUGUGGAGUUAUCGCUUUGAUACGCCGCUUUGGAACGCGGAUGUGACUCAUGGCGCGAGACAUUUCGUGAAUGUGGUUUUCAGUUUCCAAAACAUCUCUGGAGCUUUAGGACCAAUUCCGAAAUUCGAAUCGUAUGGAAAGUUGAGUCGGGAUAUUGGACGUGCUUAUAUCUCGUUCGCGAAUGAUUAUGAUCCUAAUACCUCGAGAGGCAAUGAAAGUACGCUGCCGUUUUGGCCGAGAUAUGAUCAAGGACCAACGAACAUGGUGCUGAAUAGUAAUGGGAGUUUUGUGGAGAGUGAUACGUGGAGGAAGGAGGGGAUUGCGUAUAUUAAUGGGAUGGGGAGGGAAUUGAAUGCGUGA